GGGUGCAGACCGUUGGCUGUUAAACUGGAGAAUAUAUUAUCAAAUGGAUAACGCCCUUUCCCAGUUCUAUUCUUUGCCACUUUAAGAUAUUUUUGCUUCCCACCAAUUUCGCAAAAAGCCAUUUCCAAUGGACACUCUGUCAGCGCUUGCUUUCAUCACCAACUGCAGCGGUUCCCCAUUUACAAGAUUCUCUCCUCUUCCUCGCCUUCAAACACCAACGCUUUCCAGAAGAGCCGCAACUGUCUUUGUCUUGAAAACAAGCUCUCAUUCAGGGAGUGAAUCUGUAGAAGAGGAUGUUCUGCAGAUGUUUUUCAAGGAUAGAGAAGUACAUGGAGAUUUUAUUUCCAAAGCUUCUGACAUGCUGUGGCAGAGAGUUCUGAAAGUUGCUGAUCCUAAUGCUGGCCAAUCUGCUGACACUGGUCAGCAAGCAGAACAGGUUAUGGGAAGUGAUGACAAUGGUGGAUUUUUGAAGCUGUCAAGAACUCAGGAAUGGCUAUUAGGAGACAAUUCUGCACCAAUGAAUAAGAAGGCCAUUGCCAAGGUGUCGCAGGAUGACAGUGGAAGAAGGAAGAUGCUGAACCUUCUUAAAUAUGAAGCUCUCAAGAGGGAACUGAUGCUUUUGUCAGUUGGUAUUGGAACUGCAUGCAGUGGUUAUUGUUUGAUAGUGUUAUCAGUUCAGGCUGCUGUUAGUUAUGCAGUAGGGGUUCUUUUCAGUUGCUUAUACCUUCAGCUUUUAUAUCAACAUGUGGACAACCUAUCCAAGGAAAUGGUUCCUCAGAUUUUCAUGCGAAGGAAAUCAAAAAAAAUAGGAAUAAGAAGUGAGGACUUGCAGGAGUUCUUUGAGAGAUCAAUUAAGGGUAGUGGCAUUGCUCUUUCUUCCCCAAGACUAGUUAUCCCAGCUGCUGUAUAUGGAUUGUGGAUCUUGUCCCAUAAAGUUUUGGCCUAUGAUUUCUUUGAUUUCCAGCUUACUCCUGCAAUGAUUGGGAUGUUUGCAUACAAAGCAGCUGCUCUUGUUCAAGUAUACAGGGAUAAUGAAGACUUGCAGAUUGUCUUUCCCGAGAAUGAGGAACGGUCAAGUGACUGAGUCUCAAAUUUUGCAUAUUUUGAUUGAAUACUUCAACACUGAACUGGAUUUCUUUUCUCCUUGGCUAGUGCUACACAGUUGAAAAUUUAGCCACCUUAUGUCCAUACGUAGAAUACAUGGGGAUGAUUCCCACAAGGAAGCCAUCGAAAUUACCUGGGCUGGUGCCAGCAAGAUUGUGGGGCGUAUGGUGGCCUUGCAAGUUUCAAUGAAUCUGGAAUGCUAACAAGACUGCAAGGUCCAUUGAGCGGCAUUGAUGCUCUGUUGUUUAUGCUUCUAUAUAUGUUCUAAGAAUGAUGCCCAAAAUUCAUGCAAUAAUUGCCAUUGAACUAUUAUGAUGUUGAAAAAUCAAAUUAGAGAAAAUUUUGUUGCAUAAGUAUUGUUGAA